AUGUCUGCAGCAACACCCAGCAACCCAGGUUCGCCUGACUCGCCAAACCGCGAACCUGUAGCAGCAGACGCUGGCGUCCAGCCUGAAGUCCAGCCGGAAAACAACCCUGAAAAUGUGCUCACCGCCGACGACACCGAGGAGGAAGAGGGCCAGUCGGUAGACGGAAGAGUACGCUUCACCUCGAAUCUUUGGGAGUCGCACGUCCUGAGCAUCUUGGCGUCGAAGACGACUUUCGCCCAUGUGCCUCCAAACGUCAAGUUCGAGAUUGACGACCUCGAGGAUGAGUGGACUUAUUCUCUGCCGUUCGACUACAUCCACAGCCGAGUCAUGACAUCGAGCAUCGGGGAUUGGUCGGUGUAUCUGCGUAAAUGCUAUGAAAACCUGAAGCCUGGUGGUUACGUCGAACUGCAAGAGAUUGACCUCUUCGCCACAUCCGACGACGGAACCCUCAAGCCAGAGAGCGCCUUGAUGAGAUGGUGUAACCUGCUCAUGGAGGCGUCAGAGAAGUUCGGCCGCCCCUUCGUCCGAGGCCCUACGCUCAAGGACAUCAUGUCAGCCGCGGGCUUCGUUGAUGUCAGCAUCACGGUGCUGAAGUGGCCUACCAACUCUUGGCCAAAGGACCCUAAGUACAAGGAGAUCGGCAUCUGGGAGAAUGCGAACAUGUUGGAAGGGCUGGAGGGAUUCUCAAUGGCGGCGUUGACCCGUGGCCAUAACUGGAGUAGGAUCGAGGUUGAAGUCUUCCUUGCGGAAGUCCGCAAGGACUUUAACGACAAGAGUAUCCAUGCGUACUGGCCCGCGUAA